GUCUGAACUUAAAUUGUUUGUUGUUGAGAUCAAAGAGGAUGGCUCAUCAGGGAAGAGGCAAUGCAAUAAUCAUCGCCGUGGCACUGGUGGUUUGCAUGGUGGUGCUCCUCCGUUUUGAGGUGGUUCAGGGAGCUAGCUUUACAGUAGGAGAUGCUGGUGGUUGGACCUUUAGUGUCUCAGGUUGGCCCAAUGGCAAGAGUUUUAAGGCUGGUGACAUUCUUCAGUUCAACUAUGGCCCGGGAAAUCACAAUGUGGUUGUUGUGGGUAAGGCAGAUCAUGACAAUUGCAAUGUCCCCAAUGGGGCAAAAACAUAUACAAGUGGAAGAGAUCAGAUAAGGCUUGCAAAGGGACCAAACUACUUCAUCUGUGGAAUUCCAGGCCACUGUCAAGCUGGCAUGAGUAUUGCUGUUACUGCCACUUAA